AUGUCCGUACUACGGCGGAAGCCUGUAGAGUUAAACAGCGAAACGGGCCAUGUGGAUUUCCUCCUCGACGGACAACACCGAACGAGGUUGAUGUUCCUUCUACAGCACCACAACCCGGGCGCUGCGUUGCUGAUCGAGGCAAUCGGCGUCUCCUGUCGCUACUGCCCACGUGUUUCUGCACAACCGCCCGCUGGUUUCCAGUUCCUCUUCGACAAGUGA